UCCUUUGGCAGCAGAAAUCAUGAGUAAAAUGUCUUGAAACAGGAAGGUAGUUGUGUUCCACACAAUUGUCAGACUUGUGCUUUCUGGACUCACCUCAAAUGUGUACAGAAUGUUCCCUGGGUGAGAGCCCAGAUUUCUCUCAUUACUACCAGCCACUUUUUCAUGUCUUACCCUGUCCCAUAUUCCUGUGCAGGAUACCCACCAUGGAAGAGACAGGCGAGGAGCCCCCAACAUCAGCUGUCCUUCUGGAUCAUUGCCAUUUUUCUCAGAUCAUCUUUAAUGGUGUGGAGAAGUUUUACAUCCCUGGGGGAGACAUCACAUGCCAUUACACCCUUACCCAGCAUUUUAUUCCCCGCCGGAAGGACUGGGUUGGCAUCUUUAGGGUAGGAUGGAAGACAACCCGAGAAUAUUACACCUUUAUGUGGGCUGCUUUGCCUGCUGACCUCCACAGUAAAUCAUCCUUGCAGCAACAAGUGCAGUUUAAAGCUUACUACCUACCCAAAGAUGAUGAGUAUUAUCAGUUCUGCUAUGUGGAUCAAGAUGGUGUUGUCCGGGGGGCCAGUGUUCCUUUCCAGUUCCGACCAGAAAGUGAGGAGGACAUCCUGGUGGUCACCACUCAGGGAGAAGUGGAGGAGAUUGAGCAGCUCAACAAGGAACUGCGCCAACAGAACCAGGAGCUGAAAGACAACUGUCUUAGUCUCCAGAAACAGAACUCAGACAUGCAUGCUGAACUCCAAAAGGUUCAGGACCUGCAGGAGAAACUGGAAUCUCUAACAGAUAUCAAUAAGAAGUUGGAGCAGAAGGUCAGUGUCCUGAAUGAAGAAAAUGAGGGUCUGAAAGUACAGAAGGGCUGUUGGGAGACAGAACUGCUUCAACUUAAAGUGCAGAACCAGAAUGUGUCUUCAGAAAAUGAGAAAAUGGGCAUCAGACUGAAGGCUACUCUGAAUCAUCUUGAUCAGCUUGAGGUAGUCAAGAAUGCACAGAUUGCGGUUCGAGAGAAAGAAAUGGAGAAGCUGACUCAGGGAGACCGGGACAAAAUAGAACAGUUGGAGCGUUUGAAGAAGGAAAAUGAACAGUUACUUCUCAGUUUGACUAAACAGAGGGAGCACCAGCAGAAGCUUGAACAUACUGUGGAGGAUAUGAAGCAAAAGGACACAACUGCUAACCAGAAGCACCAGGAGUUCACGAACCAGAUCAGUGAUCUGAUGAAGAGGCUAGAUGAGAGCAAGUUUUUCUAUCAGGAGCUACAGAAAGAGAAGACAAGAAUAGAAGGAGAAAAAGAUCUCUUGCAGAAGGAAAAUGAGAGGCUGCUGUGUUAUGUAUGUAACGAUCCUGGUUCUAAUCUGCUCUCUAACCCUAUUCCUGUUCAAGAAGCCCUGGAAGAAAACACUGAGCUUGUCUUUGGAAAUCCUUAUGCUGCUGCCCAAGACAUCCAGUAUGUCCCUAGUCUACCCUCAAUCAAAAAGUGCCCCAUCUGCAAUGGGGUCUUUCCUGAUGAUGUGGAGGAAAACGUCUUCGAGCAGCACCUGCAGACCCAUAUCCUGGACUGUCCAUUUUGUGAUGAGGUCUUCUCAGAGGCUGAGCGGCAGGUGUAUGAUGACCAUGUGUUCUGCCACUCACUCUAAAAAGUGUCAUAAGUGCUUGGCCUCAGGUAGAAUAGACCAGAUAGCUCCUUUUAAUGAGUUAAGAUUGGAUCUAAACCUGAAACUACUAAUUCCACUCAGCCCCUCUUUCCUCUGGGGAUGCCAUCCUGUUCAGCCAUCAUUGAGACAUUUGUUACCUGCAGCCUUUUGGAUCGGUCUGUACUGUUAGUUCUGAUAAUAGCUCAGGUGAUACUAACCUAUAGCUUUUACCUUUCUAGAAAAGGACUCAGUGAGACAGCUCUAGAAUGAGACUACCUUGGUUUUGCAAACUCCAGAGCCUGGCUUGGGCACUAAAAUGAUUGGCCCCCUGUGUUACCUAACUGCUAUUGAAUUGGGCAAGCCAAAAUGAAACCAGCUCAGAUGAAUUUGCACUGUACUCACUUCUAACCUUGCAUUUAUAAACAAGGGGCUGGAGAUUUUGCAUCCUGUUCCUUAGCUCUUUUGCUUCAACUAGCUGCUUUAAUUGGUCACAUUUAGCAAAGCAGAGAACUGAUGCGCCAUGUGAGGUGUUUUGCCCAACCUCUUCCUUCCCAUAGAAGUACAUUUUUCUGUAGCAAGUUUAGGGAGUUCUGUGAUCUUGAGCACAUGAAAUCUUCUCACAAGAUACCUUCAGCUGCUCCGGCUAUCACUUCCUAAUUUUGUCUGUUUUCUAUGCAAAUAUACAACCCUCGCUGUAAUGCCCUUUCAUAGCCAGUAAUUAGAAAUCAGUGGUUUGGAAUUGUUUUCCUCAGCAGCAGGUGGGUUUAAAUUAUUUUGGAUAAGCAAGAAUAAUGGAUAUUUAAAACCGUUCAUCUCUUGAUUGCUUGAAGUUAAAUAAAAUCCUCAUAUGUUUCUGUGA